UAUGCGUGUGUGUAUCUGGCAUCGAUAACAUUUUUGUUGAAAGCAUUAUCUGGCAGCAACGCGAGGAAAAUAAACAUUAGUGGGUUGUCACCGAAUUCCAGGCGUUGAGUUAUAAUAUCUCGAGUUGUGAUCGCGAGCCCGGUCCCGCUACCGCCACCAUGUCCGCCUACUACAGCCAUUACGCGGGGGACAACUACGACGAUGAGUCCAUCGGCGACGACCGCAGUGAAGAAGACACGGACGACGCCAGCGAGACGGAGUUCCGCAGCCCCAGCCGCUACGGCGGCACCAAUGGCACCUCCAACACGAACAGCCUGGGCACCAACAGCGAAUUGAAGGAGCAGAUGUACCAGCACAAGCUGCUCAACCUGCAGAAGCAGAUGGAGGAACUGGGCCAGCUGGUGCACCCGGAGUACAUAAAGCGCGUGAAGAAGCUGGAUAACCAGCUGAAGGAGCGACGGCGCCUCAACGAGAUCUACAAGGAGUACAUGCGCGAGUGCGUCGAGCGGGACUACGUGCUGGAGAAGAAGGCCGCCCAGAAGGAGUACGACGAGAAGAUGAUGGACCUGAAGGACAACCUUAUCUCGGACUUUGAGGAUCGCAAGCGUCAGAUCGAGAACGAGCGCUUCAGCCUCGAGCUGACCAACGAUUCGAUGGAGAUCAAGACGACGGUCACCCGGAAGCUUCGGCGCCGGCCCAACGAGCCCCUGCCGGUGAUCGAGAAGCGACGCAAGCCGGCCACCGGGCAGCUGCUCGUCUACCAGCUGGACGACAAGGAGAUCGAGUCGGACUUGAAGAUCAUUCAGCGGGGCAAGCCGCUGGCCCCCACCGCCAUUUUGCAGCAGAACGGCAUUGGUUCCUAUGGCGGCGGCGGAGGUGGUGCUGGUUCCCAGCAGCAGCAGCCCAUGCACGGUCUUCUGGCCGAGCCGCCCGCCAACAGCGGCUACGUGGAGACCCGAAUCGAGGACAACAAGCUGUUGUACGAGCGCAGAUGGUUCUGCCGCGGCCAGCAGGUCUACGUGGAGGGCAAGGAGAUGAGCAAGUUUGCGGCCACCAUCACAGCCAUCGGCAACGAAGUGGUCUGGGUGAAGCGGACGAACGAGACCAAGGUCAAGAUCAACAUGUCGCACUUGGCGAAGGGCAAGAUCUCGAUAAAGCGACGAUAGCUCCGCCGAAGGGUCGGGCGCCUCCAAAGCAAGCCCGCCCCGCUAACUCAAUCAAGAUACACAUUUAAACAAAACUAGCCAUAAGUGCAAACGUAGUUGUACCCUAGGAUUACAUUUUACUUAACGAUUAUCACAGAUUGUAUAUAAUAAAACAAUAGUUAUUUUGUA